AUGAAGACAACUCGCAGAUGUAGGACACUUCUGUCGGUGAGCUUGAACUUCUUUGCCUUGCUCUUUUCCAUUACGGCUUUCAUCACCACCUACUGGUGCGUGGGGACGCAGAGGGUGCCCAAACCCAAGUGCAGCAAAUUGCGGACCCACCAGUGCAUCGACUACGGCGUCAACGAGACCGACCCGAACAAGGUGGUUUACAGCUGGGAGACCGGAGAUGACCGCUUCCUCUUCCGCCAGUUCCACACUGGAAUCUGGUUCUCAUGUGAGGAGAACAUCCACGAUGAAAGUGAGCGAUGCCGCAGCUUCAUUGAUUUGGCCCCUGCAUCAGAGAAAGGGAUGUUGUGGCUGUCACUGGUAUCGGAGAUGCUGUACAUAGUUCUGCUGGUGGUGGGCUUCAGCCUCAUGUGUUUGGAACUCGUCCAUUCCAGCAACGUCAUUGACGGACUCAAGCUCAAUGCAUUCGCUGCUGUCUUCACAGUGCUGUCAGGUCUUUUGGGCAUGGUGGCUCAUGUGAUGUACACGCAGGUCUUCCAGGUCACCGUCAGCCUGGGCCCCCCUGACUGGAGGCCUUACAACUGGGACUACGGCUGGUCUUUCUGCAUGGCAUGGGCAUCGUUUACCUGCUGCAUGGGUGCAUCGGUCACCACACUCAACUCCUACACAAAGACUGUCAUCGAGUUCAGGCACCAACGCAAGACCUUUGAGCAGAGCAUUCGGGAGGAACAUGCAAGGGAAGCUUUUGAAUAUUUCCGAGAGCCAUCCGUUCACUCCAUCUCUAAAUCUGUGGAGGUCUAUUCCAGUCAGACUCUAAAGAGUGGCAGAAAAACACCUAUACCAGUAGACUCCUUAGAUCUGAGUGACAUUCGGGACUCACUAGGAGAAGAACAGUGCUGA